CUCAUUUCCGUUAUUUAUCCUUGUUGAACCAUGGCCCACGAUAUUGAGCCUGUUGCCAAACUUGGCCUCAGUCUGGCAAGCUCCCUACAGGUACACUCGGAAGCCAACAGAACAGCCCGACAGAGGCUUCCCAAGCUAAUAAAUUUGAUCAACUCAACGGCCUUGACAUUGAUCAAGGUAGAUGAUGUCAUUCAAGAAAAUGCACUCACAAAACUAUGCCUCGAAGACAUCACGCGCCUAUCAGCCACGUGCGAAAAGAUCUACAUUGGUAUCUUGAUCAUGUUGGUGCGGCACACAGAGAGCUUUGCCGGCGACAAGGAGCUCAAUGAGAUGUCACGGGAGGAAACAGGAAAGUAUCUGCAAUGCAUCGCUCAGACCGGGGUCCUGAGCUAUAAAUCCUGGAAGCACCUCGAGAUUCAGCUCAGGUACUUUCGGCACUGGUUGACGCAAAUCAAGUUUGAACUCAUGCUGCGCUAUCUCUUGGGCAGUAUCGCGCAGCACCAGAUGCGUGCACAGACUCGAGUCCCAGGCAGCUUUGAGACAGAGAAUACGAUCAGACAGCUGGCAGAACAGAUGGCCUUUAAACGAGCAAGUCACUACAAGUACUGGUCCAAGAAGUUGGCCAAAUGGGCCAUCAUCGCUCCGCCACUAUCUUCUAGCAAUUCUUCCAUCACAGAUGCCCACAGCACUUGCAGUGUUUCAAGUACACCUACCAUUGCGGUCGACACCAAGGUUGAAGAGAUUAAACCUGUCGAAACCAUUCCAACAGCCGAAAAUGAGUCGCCAGAAUUGUCCAAGGACACCGAGGCUUUGGCCGAUACCGCAGCAGAGACCACUAGCACUCCAACACAAAGAGAUUCACAGCCGGCCAGUCAACCUGGCCCAAAUCUGCUGACUGCUGCCAGAGACUGGAUCAAACGAAAUCUUAUGCCAGGAUCGCACGACGAAUGGAAGGAUCAAGACCUUGAGGUCUGGCAAAUUGAUCUUGCCGCUCAUUUCAACCGCAUCCCAAUCAAGACAUUCAAACGGCUUGAACUGGACGACAAACAUGUCAGGUCUGGUCUCUCGCAAGCAACCUCCAAGUCCAGGUGGAAGAAGCGUCCAGGACUCCUCGAGCAAUAUGACUCACUCGAUCAACGCGUCCGCCAACGAAUCGACGAUUGUAUCGAUGCUGCCAGUCAAUGGAGCUCUAGGGAGCGAACUUGGAUCGCCAUGUCAAUCUCCCGCCCUCCCUUGAAGAAUAGAUCCGGGGCUGUUGUUGACACUGAUGCUUCUAUCUGCCUUUUCUUCCGUCUCGGUGAUGUAGUAGAGCCUAUCCACGUUGUUGAGCUACACACGGGUAAAAGACUCACCUUCCCGUAUGCUUCAUGCAAGAAUCUGGAUUCACUGCGUAAAAGGCUCUCUUCCCUGAGCUUGGGAUACCCCGCGACAGCUAUUUUGAAAGAAGGAAAAUACAAUUUCUGCGCCGAGGAUGGAACUGUCAUUUUACCUGAAGCGUGGGAGUCACUACGCUGCCCGGGUAUAACGUUGAACAUUCAAAACUUUGGCACCCCAAUACCACCAGUAUUCGGUGGGCAACGUCCUUUCCACAAUCCGGGUGUUAUUCGACCUAACAUGGCUCGGCCUCCGAAUGUUGUAACUACCGGCCCUCCUUCGACAGGCACUACUACUUCUGACAGUUCGGCAUCACGUUCUUGUACUUCCCUGACGAUGAAAGAAGUCCACAGGGAGAUGGAGGAGAUGCUUCAGAUUUCCGACUCAUGGUCUCCUGACCCGGAUACUAUGGGUCCUGGCCUGGGCAGGCUUCUUGGCUUGUGGACUAAUGCCCUUGAUCCCCAUGUCAACGUCACAGAGGAUUCGGGUUCAGAUUGGAGUUGUUCGACCGGAGAUUCUGACAGUAGCAGCCGAAUUAUAUGCGACUAAGCUUGUUUAGGAAUUGCUGAUGAAGGAAUAUGAAGGAUUGGUUAAAUUGAAACACAAUGGGGGUUUGUAAUCUAGCUUCAGGUCAUUCUCGUAGCAUCUACUAAAUUGGACAAC